AUGACAGCUAACACGUAUAUGAGAAAUAACACCUUUUUCCAAGGCUCCUUGUUAUUUUCACUCCAUAGGAAGGAGAUUCCGGGCUUCAGGCAUUUCGAACGGAUCCUGAACCCUCGCAAAUAUCCAAUGGAUGUGUUUAUACCGAUGUUCUGGCAGUGGGCCUUUGAUUGUCAAGAUCUAGAUAGUUUUGAUUCCCUGAGAAUGUGUCAUUUAAAAGAAACGUUGGAAAGCAGGCCCUUGGACUUUUGGGACAUGAAAAUGUCUACCCAGAGUUACAGUGUAUACAGCGCUGUGUGCGCCAUAGCUCACGCCCUCCACCAGGAGAUCUGGGCUGCGAAGGACAUGGAGACUUCGGGAAAUGGUCCAAAUCGGGUUCCUCGUCCAUGGCAGCUCCAUUCAUCCCUGGAGAAUGUUCGGCACCACACCGGCACUGGUGAGCAGAUCCAUUUGGAUGACCCAAGCUGGGUGACCACUAGGUUCGACAUCCUGAACUAUCAGACUUUAAAGAAUGGCACCAAAGGCUACAACAAAGUGGGAGGGUUUAUGCCCCUGGCCCCAGCUGGCCACGAUUUCAUCAUCAGUGAGGAGAGGAUAAUGUGGAACGAGUUGUUUUCUGUGGGUACCUUCCUCCUUCAUCUGCAUCUUUUCUCUGGUCCAAGUGGCCAUCUGCUCUUAGCCGACGUGAACGUGGCUUUUGAGGCCGGGGUCAUCAUCGUCCAGUGCAACAAGUGUUCUGCCAGCGCCUUCUGCUACAUUGUAGGCUACCUGGGGCUCUUGGCCCUGGUCAACCUCAAGACGGCCUUCCCGGCAAAAAGCUGGUGGACAGCUUCAAUGAGGCCAGUUCAUAUUGGUACAGCCCUCCUGUCCAUAUCUACCCCCUGCUCCGUGUGUAGCGAAAGCUACCAGCUGGGAUUGAGGAAAACAGUUCGGGAAGGGAAAGCCUCCUGCUGCUACGACUGCGUGCCAUGUGCAGAGGGCGAGAUCAGCAAUCAGACUGAUGUGGAUCAAUGCAUCAAGUGCCCCCAAGAUGAAUUUCCAAAUCCUCAAAAAGAUCAGUGUGUCCCAAAAGCUGCGGUGUUCCUUUCCUACAAGGAGCCUUUGGGAAUGGUUCUGGUGUCUUUAGCUCUCUUUUUCUCUAUUGUCACCACCCUGGUUUUAGGGGUCUUCAUCCGCCACUGGGACACCCCUGUAGUGAAAGCUAACAACCGCAGUCUCAGUUAUACCCUCCUCAGGGCCCUCCUGCUCUGCUUCUUGUCCUCCCUGACCUUCAUUGGCUGUCCCGUCAUGGCCACCUGUCUCUUGCGACAGACGGCCUUCGGAGUCACUUUCUCAGUGGCAGUUUCCACCGUCUUGGCCUAGACGGUCACUGUGGUCCUAGCCUUCAGGGCCACUAGGUCAGGGAGCAGAAUGAGGAUGUGGCUGGGGUCCAGAGCGCCUUAUUCCAUGAUCUGCACCUGCUCCCUGGUCCAAGUGGGCAUCUGUACGGUCUGGCUGGGGACCUUCCCCCCUUUCCCUGAUGUGGACAUGGCAUCCGAGGUCGGGGUCAUCAUCGUCCAGUGCAACGAGGGCUCCACCAUCGCCUUCUACUGCGUCCUGGGCUACAUGGGGCUUCUGGCCAUGGUCAGCCUCAUGGUGGCCUUCCUGGCCCGGAAGCUGCCGGACAGCUUCAGUGAGGCCAGGCUCAUCACAUUUAGCAUGCUGGUGUUCUGCAGCAUCUGGGUCUCUUUCCUGCCUACCUACCUGAGCACCAUGGGCAAGGCCAUGGUGGUCUUGGAUGUCUUCUCCAUCCUGGCCUCCGGCGUCGGACUCCUCAGCUGCAUCUUUGGGCCCAAGGUCUACAUGAUACUUCUGAGGCCAGACAGGAACAUCUGA